CGACGUCACUUUGGGGGGCGGUCACGUAGCGAAAACAGCCUAUAGGAAUCUGGUUUGAUGUUUGAGAGACCGGAGAACCAGCCAAUAGAUUUCCAAUAGUCAUAUCAAAAUAAACAAGUGACCAAUGGUAAGCUACGAUGCCUUUGCGAGCUCAUACAUCUUACUAAAGAUGUAUGUCUUACUUUAAUCUUACUAAAGAUUAAAGAAGGCAAUUGAAACAGUUAACGUUUAUUAAAAUCUACUGGGAUGUUAAUAAAAAAUUCCCAAUAGGGUUUCAAUGUGGAAAAAGCCUGUGACUGUAUUGUUAUCUAGGAGUGACCAUAUAAUUACUAUUUUUGAAAUGGUAAUUUUAAGUAUAGACUUUUUAUUAGAUUUCCAAUGCCUUUGAAUCUGCUAUGAUCUCCUGCACUAAAUUUAUUAUAAUAUUAUAGUAUUUUCCCUGCACAACUGCGGAGCUUUUCUUUUAUUUUCAUGACGUUGUCGUUGGAGUUUAUGGCGGGAGAGGGCGCGCGUUCGCGCGAGAGUGAUUGACAGUUAGAACGUCGGUUGAGAAAAUUUGCUGCAUUGAGCCAUCAUGGCGUGUGAACAGAACUUGCGCCCUGUUCAGAACUGCCAGAUGCUGCCGGAUGUGGUGUCCACCGAACAGCAGUCGCUGGUACUUGUGAAAAAACUUCUAGCCAUUGCUGUCUCAAGCAUCACUUACCUCAGGGGUCUUUUCCCAGAAAAGGCAUAUGGACGCAAAUAUGUUGGAGAGCUGAAAGUCCUGAUCCUGCGAGAGCAUAGCUGCCCUGGUGCUCAGCAGAUUGUUCAGUGGUUGCAGGGGUGCUUUGAUGCACUUCAAAGAAGAUACCUGCGCAUGGUUCUUCUAUCAAUUUACUGUGAUCCAGACAAUCCAGAGAAAGUGACUGAAUGUUACCAGUUCAAAGUCACAUACACAGAGAAUGGACCUCAGAUGGAUUUUGAGAGCAAAAGCGGCCAGAGCCUGACUAAAAUGGCCGGUGACAACACCCAGAAAUCCAGUACGCUGCUGGUGCGCAAACUUUACAUGCUGAUGCAACAUCUCGGCCCUCUGCCUGAUGACGUCUGCCUCAACAUGAAACUCUUCUACUAUGAUGAGGUGACUCCCCAGAAUUAUCAGCCACCUGGCUUUAAGGAGGAUGACAACGGGACACUGAUAUUUGAGAGGGAACCAGUAAAUCUGAAGAUAGGAGAGGUGGUGACACCUUUUCAUAGCCUCAGAAUGAACGUCACCACUGAGCGGAAGAGAGUUGAUGAGCCUGAUGAAGAUGAUAUGGAAGUAUGUGUGAGUACGAAAUGGUCUUUGAAAAUGUUUGAGGAUGGGACAAUGUCUGAAACUUCAGUUCAGCAGGAGUUUAUGACAAAGGAGAAUGUCAUUACUGAUGCUGGCAUUGAAAUCUCAGACACUCAGGAGAACUCACAACAGCCUCACAGAAACAGCAAGGAGGAUCUUACAGCAAUUGCAAAGAUGGACAAUCGUGUAAAGAAAACUGAUGAUCUUAAGGUGGACGCCAGGAAGACCAGAAGUGGACGCAUCUUUGAGCCUCAGAUCUCUCAGUUGCAGUUCCCGCUAAGCCAAGAUCCCCAGCCAUGUGCCCCAAAGAGGCGCAAACUCAGUGUAUCCAAAUAACACUUUGACUAGGACACAAUAUUUCCAGUAGAAUCACACAGCAACAUACUUACCCAUGCUGUUUAAUGUAUUUUUAUUUCAUUCAUUCAGUAGCAGAAAUGAUUUGUAAAACGUUUAUGGUUCAAGGGCAGUUCUAAAUUGUGCAUUUUGUUAUAAAUGUUAAAAUGCAUUUGAUUAGUCAUAAUUUGCUUUCAGUGCCAGGACUUGAUUUUAAUCAGUGGAUGGCAUAGUUAGUCCACUAGAUGGCAGCAUGCACAUUGCAUCAAAACAGUGAUUCCAAUAAAAACAUGUUUUUUUGUGGUGAAGCA